AUGAGAGGAGCUCUCUCCUCUCUCCUCGAAUGGCCGCGGUGGCUUGGUAGCUGUCUGCUGAAAUUCCUCUCCGCCAUCUUCCUGCUUAGCUUGCAGAACCAGAGCAAGCUUCGCUCCGGUGCUUCUGGGGAUCUUCUGCUCAGCGAUACUGGCAAUGGGAACGUGCGAUACUGGACUCGUUUUCCUACUCGUACAAGAAGAGCGCUCUGUAAACGUAAACGAGUGCAGGAGUGCGAUGAACCUAACUCGUCGAGUGUUUUGACCUUAUCAAAUCCGAGACCUGUGCAAAAGCGCAGAAUUGUUCGAUGUUAUGAAUGGAGAUUUUGGCUCCCAUCGUCGUUAGAUCUGGUAGGCGAUUCUUCGAUGUUAUCCGUGAUCGACGACUUUAAAAAAGAUGUUAGUAUCCCAGCGGGGAAAGCCGUUGACAUUUUCGAUCAGGGGGAUCGGGACUUUGUGGCGGAGGCGAUGGAGGUUCGCAACCUGAAAAUCCCUCGUUCACGGCGUCGCUCUCCGGUUCCGUCGGCUAGGAAGUCUACAGUUGAGUUCCCCGGCAGGGCUGCGGGGGACGCACCCCCGAAAUUCUGGGGUUUGGGGAUUGACGGUUACUGGACGAGAUCCUCGGACUUUGUUCCCCCUGUUUCCGCGGGAUUGGGGGUUUGUUACCAGUAUAUCCCAUCCCUUCGAUAUAUUCUCUAUCGUGACCCCAAUCUGACUGGGAAUUCUAUUCCUACUAGACCUCCCUCUCUGCCUAUCCCCGUUAAUCCUAACCAGGAGUCUAAGGGGGGUCUUGGGACUUUAUUUAAACACUUAUCACCGAGACUGCUUGACACAACUAUUUGUCAGACUCGGAAUAGAGAGAAACCUGCUGCAGUUGGAUCCUCGUCUUUCUUUCCUUCUUUGGAGAACUGCUCAGAUGAUGGUGCUGAUCUCCCCCUCGGGGGCUCCCGGCGCUCGGUUUGGAUUAACCAACAAAAUCUUAACAAUAUAGUGACGGGAAGGAGCGAGUCGAGCUCAGGACAUCGGGGUCGCAACCAGCCCCCGGCGAGGACGAGUCACCUGGCUCCUUCGAAUGCCUCCAUGGGGUCUGUUUCCCAGGAGGAACCGAGCUCACAUCGUGGGAAGAGAAUUGGGCGAUCGCCUGCUCGUCGCGGAAGUCCGGGUGGGAUUGUCCUCAAUCGCCAUCCUAAGCUCAGACUAGGGGGUCCUCGGCAAAAGCAGCGGGAGAAUAAGAAGGGGAGGGCUGCUAAUGGCCUCCGUGAAGCCGAGAAUAUGGUCUCUUCCCAGGAGUACGUUCCCAUGGGCGAUGACUCGUUGCAGGAUCUGGGCGGUGACCAUGAUGAUUUGAUCCAUGCAGCAACACGACGGCGUCGCCUGAUCCUCGAGAAAGACUCGGAUGAUGACAUAGUGGAUGCCACCCAUGCGUCGGCGGAAAACGUGCAACUAACUACGAAGGAUGGGAGCUUGCUGAAUCCUGGGAAGGGUCCUGUUCCUACGGUUACGGGUGACGGCGCUGGGAAGGGUCAUGUUCCUACGGUUACGGGUAGCGGCGCUCCUGCGAAAAGGAAACCUCGUCGCCCAAAAACUCACCCACCGGUCCAGGCAGGUGAGCGAGCGGCUCCCCGGGCUGAUGAGGCGAGGGUGGAGGCACCCUCGUUGUUGGCUGAUAUUGCGCCUCUACCUAGCCAGGUGGUUCCAUCGGUGGGUAGUGCAUCUGCCGUUUCCUCGUUGGCGGCGGGGGAAGGCACCUUGGCGAAGAGGAAGCCCAGGAAGGUGAAGGCGCCAAUGGUGUGCUCGGUGGACGAGGGAGCUGUGCCUAGUGCGAAAGCGGCAGAGGCUUUGGGCUUGAACCAGCCUGGGCCCGCGAGAGGCAAGAGGAAGUUGAGGAAGGCCCAUCUUCCUGCGGGGGAGGAGAAGAAAGAGCCUGGGCCCUUGUCCAAUGGAGUAUUGCAAGGGGAGGAGCCCACAUGCGAACCGAAGAUGAGUGUUGGCGGUGGAGCCGAGCCCGUCCUAUUCGUUCCGGUUGUGUGGAGAAGUGUUGAAGAAAGAAAUAUGGAGUCCUCCGGGAGCGGCGCCAGAGAAGAUCUCCCGCACUGUUUUGUUUCUGUAACUACUGGCCAAAUUCCCAUGUCGACUGGGUUUAAAAGCUAA